AAAAUUAAAUAUGUGAGUUUUAUCAAUUGAUUAGGUAAAAUACAAAUCGAAGAUUCUCGCAGAAGUCCGGAAUAAUAAAGAUCAAAAUAAUAUGUGAAAUGUCUGUUAUAGGUAAAUGAAACAACAUAGGUAUAGUAAGUAACAUAGCACAACAUUAUCAGACCUCCACAGGGAGUGACAUUCCACGUCCCUACAGUUUAUUUCAGCAAUCUCAAUCAUGGACGACCACAAAGGAUUUGUAAAUAUCAACCUAAACUCGAACGAGUUCAUAUCGUCUCAGUCCAUUGACCACACAAAAAAUACGAAUGCUAAAAACACCGAAGGAUUGUCAAUAACAUACGGCAUUGACGAUAAUCCACCAUGGUAUUUAUGUAUCUUCAUGGCUCUGCAACAUUACCUUACGAUGAUUGGUGCUAUUGUAUCGAUCCCAUUUAUCCUAACACCAGCACUAUGCAUGAAGGAAGAUGAUCCUGCUCGAGGCCAUAUUAUAUCAACUAUGAUAUUCGUAACGGCUAUAGUGACGUUUAUACAAGUUACAUUUGGUUGCAGGCUUCCGAUCGUACAAGGAGGAACGAUUUCAUUUCUCGUACCGACGUUGGCAAUUUUAAAACUACCACAAUGGAGGUGUCCCUCUAGGGAAAGCAUCAUCGAAAUGACAUCUUAUGAUCAAGAAGAACUUUGGAAAGUGCGUAUGAGAGAACUUUCAGGUGCAAUAGCCGUAUCGGCUUUGUUUCAGGUUUUUCUUGGAUAUUCCGGUCUUAUUGGCAAACUAGUGAAGUACGUGACACCGCUGACGAUCGUGCCAACUGUAUCGCUGGUGGGCCUGUCGCUAUUCGAGAACGCUGCCGAAUCGGCUUCCAAGCACUGGGGCAUAUCGAUGGGAACGAUCAUACUACUGACGUUAUUUUCGCAAUUCCUAACCAAAGUCAAGUUUCCGGUUCCGACGUACAGCAAAACCAACGGAUUUUCUAUCAGCAAGUUUAACGUAUUCCAGCUGUUUCCG